AGAAUAUGAUCUAUCAUGGCGGUUGUCCACUUCCUUUGGGAGGGACAAUUUUUCAUCUCGCGUCCAGGACAAGUUGUGGGAGAUUUGAAGGGGAAAUGAAAUGGAAGGGAGUAAGUCAGAUAAAGUAAGAACACCAGAAAAGAGUGCCUUUACCAAACUUCAAUCUCCAGAAGGGAAUAAGUCGGUAGGUUUGUAGUUAUUUUUGUUUGAAUUUUACGUCACUCAAAAUUGAAGCUUAACGUAAAUAUGAUAUCCGUGGUUCUCUCGUGUAGAAAAGGGAAAUUGCCAAUUUGCAACACAGAUUUAAAAUUAUCGUUUCUGGUCUUCCAUUAUAGUCCUAAGUCAACUUAUAUACCGCCAUUUUAAUAAACAUUGGCCUUGUUUGCAGUGGCUAUAGUGCGCUAGUAAUUCCUUCUAAAUAGCUAGCACAUUUAAGAGGAUUAUAAAUAUAAAAGCUAACUCUUGAAUUUGAGAAUUCAAUAUUGUAGUUGCAUUUAGUUUUUCGUGUAUGUUGUAUCACAGUUACGGUUACUUUGUUCAGAAGGGUUGUCCUUUCCUCUAGCUGUUCACCAGGAACUUAUAUUUAGCUUAUCGUUUUACCAUGGCAUUUUUGCUGUCAAAGUUAUUGAUAUGGAACUAAGAAAUGACUUAAUGAUGUAUGACAUGCUCAAGUUUAUCAAAAACUUUUGACGAUCAAGUAUUUGACUAUUUUGGCACCAACUCAGAGGAAUCUGCAAAAGAGUUGCUUGCUAAUAACAGGAAUCACAUGGACAGUUAUUUUAUUUUCCCAUAAUUAAACAGCAAGAGAGACACUGCUGUAUAUUGAAAAUCAGAAAAAAUCCUUAGAAAUUCAAUCAGAAAUGAAAACUGUGGAAAGCUAUAUGGAAAAGAAAUUUCCUCAAAAGGAUUGGACCAUCUGAAACUGGAUUUGACAAUAAACUUACAGAGGUCUUUAACCCUUUCAGUAAUUCCCAUAUGUGACUGAGACAGAAUUCCCUAUAGAAUAGACAUCACAAAAUCAAGUAAACAAAUGAUGUUAAGAGUAAAGUAUAUUAUCAUGUAGGGAAUUAUUAGUUAAUCCAAUACCAAGUUCUCAGGACUAAUAUGUUCAUGCACUGAUACUGUAAUUUCUGAACAUGAAAAGUUUUGGGCUAAUUAAAAAUGCAAGGGACUGUAUAGAAAGGACUGGAAUAAAACAAUUUCAGUUAACAGUUUUGAUUUUUUUUGUUUAUUAAUUUUUUAUGUUUAGAAAUCAGCAAUAGCAGAGGUCAGCUCGACUGCAAUUGUUAAGUACUCCGCCCAGGAAGUCUUACCUUACUAUAACAAAUUGCAGCAGGUAAAAAAAAUAGUCUUUAGAAUCAUUACUUUAGUGAAUAGUGUCUAACAAACAGCCUACUCUUGUCACUCCACCAAAAAAGUGCCUUUGUGGCAAAUAUUUACAGGAGCACCUUUAAAGUUAUGAAAUUUUUUUGUUGUUGUCAAUUGAUUAUUAAUAAACUGUAUUCACAACUCAUAGUUGUGAGAAUUUGGUGUUAAGUCCAGAUAACAACUUCUACCUGAUAAGUUGGAGUAUUCUCAUUACCUGUAUGGUUGUAUAGGGAGAAGUUACAUGUUAAUCACUUCUGGGGUUUAAAGGGUUAAUUCUGAUAAUGAUUUCUUUAGAGGUCGUCAAAUAUUAUUCAAAUUUGAACAGUAGUCCUAUUUAGGAAAAGCCUCACCCAGACAAAUGUUAUAGAUAACAGUUUCAGAUUGCUGGUAGUCAUCACACUUGAUGGGAAUGGAGAGUGUGAAUUUGUAGUUAUAUGUCUGAAGAAACUUCCACUGGCAGUAACUGAUUGCAGAAUUUUUACUGUUAGGAUACAAACCUCAAUGUUGCCCCUUCAAAUUGGCUGCGAGAUGGAAGGUUUUCUGAUCUCAGUUUUCUCAAAAGGGACCCUGUUGAGUUUACAAGGUAAUCAACCUUUUUCCAAAAGAAACUUAUUUUAUAUAUGAAUUAAUUUUACAAUUAGAGACUUCUGUUGUUAUUGCAUUUUAAUGAAUGGUAAUAUCCACUAAAAGUACAUAUUUAAGUUUUAACUUUUCAAUGUGCUUGUGCAUGACUUAAUUUGAUACUGUGGGAGAUUUUUGAAAGUUUCUUUGAAAAAUUAGGGUGACAAAUGCAACUGUAAACCUUAUGACAUGUUGAAACAAAAUAGCUCUCAAGGUGAGGAGUAUUAUGAGGUACCAGCAUGUUGCCAUGCAAAGUCACAUAGAUGAUAAUAGAAUUUCCAGAAUUGAUGCUAUGGGCCAGCAUCUUAUUUUUGAAUAGAGGCACUGCUUAAAAAUCUUUUUGUCAUACAAUGUUGUAGACAGAAAAAGCCCUUGAUAUUAGCUUGGUACUGGUCCCCAUCACAGAUUCUCAAAAAGUAUGGAUUGUUUUUUUUUUUUUAAGAACCUACUAACAACUGUAUAAAAAUUUCUCUUGGAGCUUGCAUCAUGGCCAAGAAUGUUUCCUUCAGUUUCAUUUCAGACUUUCUUUAUCCUCUGUCCUAACAUUUGAUUUUACUUUUGCAUUUUGAUCAUAUUUUAUUUUUACAGUGCAACUCUGAAAAUACAUUAUCAAACAUUGUCUAAAGAAUGUGGGUGGUUUAGCUGGAAAUGUAUUUGAAAAGUAAUAGAUAACCACUGUGAAGUUAGAAUUUGUUCAAUUAAAAAUUAAUAUACUGGGUAUUUUGAAUCACAGUUUUGGAAUGGCACACAGCUUUGUUGAUACUAUUGGAGAUGUCGAUGUGAUAUCUGAUGCUGAGGUAAAAUUUUCUUUUCUUGAGACAUUUGAAACUCGUCAGCUUUGUGACAAUUCUCUCAGGUUGCAGGGUCAAGCAGGGUCAAGCAGGGUCAAGCAGGGUCAAGCAGGGUCAAACCUUAACCUUAACCUCAAGAGCAGGAUGUUUUUAUGAUUUUGAAUUGUUCUGCUGAUACCAUGUCCUUCAUUUGCCUUCCCUCUGGGUCCUUUCUUUUCCACACAUUUACCUUCUAAUGGCGAAAUGAAUAAUAACUUAUGUAUUCCUUUUGAUAUCACCAUUCCAUUAUGGUUGACAACAUUUUGAGCAAUUUUCAAUGGAGUAUUGAAAGAAAUCCAGGAUUGCUUUGUUUCAACUUUACUGCACUCUGUGACUGUUCCUAAUAAACUUGUGCCACUCUCUUGACCAAUUAUAUGCCAAACUAAAACCAAUCAGAUUUAUUUCUCAUAUUUUCCUGCGCUUGUAACAGUUUGGUUGGUUUUACUUUGAGUUCUCAUUGGCUCUUAAAGGUAUUUUCCUUUCUUCAGAUUGGCUGUUGUGAUUAUGUUGGUUUUAGCUUUAAGACACUUAAUCAAUGAGCACUCUGACCAAUGUAUACACAAACUGUCCGAGUAAAAUGAAAUAGUCAUACCCAGUAAAUCAGAUGAGAAAGAAAACUCUGAAAACAUGCUUUAACUUUGUCUUAGUGGGUGCAUAUCUUUAAUUUCUCUUUAUAUUUUUUUUUUUGUCUUUUGCUUUUAUCAAUAUAGAACAUCAAGAAAUUACUUAAAAUACCAUACAGGUGUGUGAAUCGUGAUUUUCCUGACUUUGAGAAAUUACUGUUUAAUCAGUCAGGUUAAUCACAUACGUUUGUAAUGUUUAUUGAUUUAUUCAAUUGAUACCAGCUGGAUUCAGUCAAACACGAAAGGUCAAUUUUUCAUUCCGUUCAUUUGGGUGAUUCUAAGAAUAAAUCAAGUUCUAUUUUGACUUCCAAAACAAGAGAAAUGAGUCGAGUGCAGGUAGAGAAGUAACUGGAUAAUAAGUUAACAGUCUUAAACAAGAACGAAAACCAUUCCCAAGCAACACCUUUGUAAUUUGAUUGUCUUGGCUUUGGUUGCUGUUACAUGUACCGGCCUGCUAUGGAAUUGAUCCUGCCAGAUUUGGAACAGGAGGAUUUACCUGCAUUCAUGACUUCUGUGUACUAAGGUGUUUUUGUACUAAAAUUUUCAUGUCCAUUUAGUGCCAAAGCUGAAGUAAGCUUAGCAGUCCAUAGAGUGGGGCCAACUCUGCUGUUGGAUUAUCUUGAUGUACCAUCACUGAUUUCAUUUGCUUCUGAGGUUUGUUUAUAUUUAAUUCUAAGUAGCUUCAGUCUGCGUCAGCUAAAAUCUUUAAUGACACUUAACCCUUUCACUCCCAAGAUCUCAUUGGUAUUUCUCCUUACUCUGCUAUAUAACUCCUAUGAUGUUUGUUCGGAGAAUUUGGUAUUGGAUAAACAUUCUUGAUUCUCAUCUCUUGUCUGCUUGAUAUUGCAUUGAUAUUGUAAGGAGAGAUUCUGUCUUGGUCAUUGGUGGGAGUUAAAGGGUUAACAAGAAUAUAUCUGAAUCUAUGUGACUAUCUGCAAUACCAUCUUCCAAUAUCCUAUAUCUAAAGAUAAUUAAAAUUUUGAUCUAAGUCUUCUCUGUUAGGGAUUGAUGUAAAACUAUUUUCAGGAACACUUUACCAAUUUAAUGAAUUCAUGAACCAUUGAAAUAUUUAUAACUCAUUCGGAUGUGAGCUGGGAAUUGAAAUUUUUAUGCUAAGUUACUGUUACUUAAUGCUUAAUUUUGUCAAAGAUCUCAUACCUUUCUUAAUAUUCCAGUUUUCUAAUCAUGCUCCUCUACUUAGUUCUUUUGAUUCAGUGCAAACUCUUGAGUUAUCCUUAGAUCUCUGCCACUAUAUUUAUCUAUUUUCUUUUCCAAUAAAAUUUGAUAGGGAUGGUUCUUUUCAUUUUUAACCCUUUAACUCCCAUGAGUGACCAAGACAGAAUUUCUCCUUACUAUAUCUAUACAAUAUCAUGCAGACAAGUGAUGAGAAUAAAGAAAAAUAUCAAUUAUGGGAUUACUAACUGAUCUGAUACCAAACUCUCCAAACUUAAACAUAAUGAGAGUCAUUUGGCAGACAGUAAGGAGAAUUACUUGUGAGAUCUUGGUCUCCCAGGACCAGUCCCAGUUCCCUAGUUCACUCCUACAUUUCACGACUUUUACAAUAAUGAAAGAGUGGUAAAUUAGCCAGGGUUUUCAAUGUAAGCCAUUUACUGGUGAUCUUCUGCUGUAUUCAAGAGCUCUUACCACCAUCUACCCCUUUUCCUGGCAGUCAACCCAUCAAUUACACCGUAUGCAACCAUGAAAAAAGUUAUUGAAACCCCUAAUUGAUAUUUCUCUGUAUUCCCAUCACUUGUCUACUUGAUAUUGUGUGGAUAUUGUGAGGAGAAAUUCUGUCUUAGUCACUCAUGGGAGUUAAAGGGCUAUGCAAUGAUUAGAAGCACCCUGGGAAUACCAUAGCUAACUGAGUAUGAAAUUAUACAUUAUCAAUCCAUUAAUUUUGUUUGCUUACUUUUCUUGCAGGGACACAGUGACACUAUUUUUCGUAGGUGGCUUUAUGAUUUCUACUGUGAACAAACUGGAAUUCCAAAGGUACAUGUAUGUGUAUGUUGUCAGAGUAAAUGAGGCAUGUGUCAAGAGCGUACAUUGAGAAAAACAACAGUGUUGGGUAUACAUGACUGAAAAAUGUUCAAUAUACAACUGAUUUCCGUUAAUGAGAUUACAAAAAAGUUUGAACAUACUUCUUAGUGCAGCAAUUUUGUGAUAAAUAGUAUGUUUUGCAGUGCAUCAGCUUCAUUCAAUCCUUUUUGUUGGUAUUUGUCAGUUCAAUUAGGGCAUGAUUAUCUUUGCAGGUAAAGAAAUUUGCUCUGUCUAGAAAUAUGUUCAUGUGCAUUUGCAUAAAAGCUGGCUGGUUUUUGAUAAUAUCAACAUUUUAUCAAUUUUCACCUUAUGCCAGGUUUAUGGAUCAAUGGGAUUUUGAUAUCUGUAUGUUAGUAAACUGUUUUUACAUAUAGUAAGUUAAACAUACAACGCCAUAACAUAAUGCAUUUAUAGGAUGCUAGCUUUGAACGCAAGAAGAAGAAGAAAGAUCAGGCAAAACUCAGACACAUAUUUUCAAAGUUCCUUCAUUACAGGUACAGUCAGUGUCACAUAAGGCAUUUCCCUUUAAAUAUGAAGUGUGUGGGAAGAUUAUCUGAAAACCAACUUGACAAUGAAGGGUUUUGUAUCAUAAGAGCAACUGCUAUCUGUAUGUAGAGAAUUGUGGGAGAAUGCUCCCUUGGAGAAUUUUGUAAUUGAAGAUUAGUUUAAAUUGGAUUUCCUUGAUUGGUGGCAAAAAAUUCCAGUGUUGGUAUAAACAUGUGAUACUUUUGAUUCAUUUAGUUUAAAAAUUUACUUUUAUUAGUUGAAACAUAAACAAAUCGAAGCAGUGCUUACAUUUUAUAAAAUUAAGGCUAAGGACAUCUUCACCUAAUGUGGAAGACUUUUUUGAAAGGAAAAUUGUACUGUCAAUGUUUCUAGAAUUAUUCAACAAAACAGCAAAGAAGAAUUUUGUUGUUUUUUACACCAAACUUCUAGUGAUCGGGAGCACUUAUUUGAGCAAGUUGACUCCCCGAUAAAUUAACAAAAUUCUUGCGAGCGGGAACUUUUAUCAGAGCUCGUUGAGUCUCCGAUCACCCACCAAACUUCUUGCGAUCGGGAGCUCUUAUCAGAGCUCACUGACUCCCCGAUCAACCAAGAAACAUCUUGCGAUCGGGAGCUCUUAUGAGAGCUCGUUGACUACCCGAUCAACCAAGAAACUUCUUGCAAUCGUGAGCUCCUAUCAGAGCUCAUUGACUCUCCGAUCACCCUUCAAACUUCUUGCGAUCGGGAGCUCUUAUCAGAGCUCACUGACUCCCCGAUCAACCAAGAAACAUCUUGCGAUCGGGAGCUCUUAUUAGAGCUCGUUGACUACCCGAUCGACCAAGAAACGUCUUGCAAUCGUGAGCUCCUAUCAGAGCUCAUUGACUCUCAUUGACUCUCCGAUCACCCUCCAAACUUCUUGCGAUCGGGAGUUCUCAUCAGAGCUUGUUGACUCGCCGAUAAAUUAACAAAGUUCUUGCGAUCGGGAGCUUUUAUCAGAGCUCGUUGAGUCUCCGAUCACCCACCAAACUUCUUGCGAUUGGGAGCUCUUAUCAGAGCUCAUUGACUCCCCGAUAAAACAAGAAACAUCUUGCGAUCGGGAGCUCUUAUGAGAGCUCGUUGACUACCCGAUCAACCAAGAAACUUCUUGCAAUCGUGAGCUCUUAUCAGAGCUCAUUGACUCUCCGAUCGCCCUCUAAACUUCUUGCGAUCGGGAGCUUUUAUCAGAGCUCGUUGACAACCCGAUCAACCAAAAAACAUCUUGCGAUCGGGAGCUCCCAUCGUUGACUACCCGGCCAACCAAGAAACUUCUCGCGAUCGGGAGCUCUUAUCAGAGCUCGUUGACUCCCCGAUCAACCUAGAAACAUCUUGUGAUCGGGAGCUCUUAUCAGAGCUCGUUGACUACCCGAUCAACCAAGACACUUCUUGCGAUUGGGAGCUUUGUUCAGAGCUCGUUGUAUCUCCGAUAAAUCAACUACCAACUUGACAUCGGAAGCUCUUAUCAGAGUGCAUUGACUCCCUUAUCAACCAACAAACGUCUUGCGAUCGGGAGCUCUUAUCAGAGCUAGUUGACUCUCCGAUAAAUUAACAAAGUUCUUGCGAUCGGGAGUUUGUACAAAUUAUAACGGUCUAAAACUCAUCAGGGUAUCUCCAUUGAAAUUCUUUUUCCUUUGUACAUAAAGCAAGGUCAAUGAUGAGGUAUUUUUCCAUUGAACAAUAUCCGCCAUUUAUUCUUUUCACCAUUUUUUUAUUAUUUCUCGUUUUUUUUUUGUUUCCUCUGCAACCAUUGCCAUGGUAAGGGUUAACAAAUCAACCGAAAUUAUCCCGCAUUUAACUAACUGCAUGCCAAAUCUACCUCACCCCUUCAUUUUUAUUUCAUAUAUACAUAAAUAUUGUUAUUUCCUAAAGCGCCUCACUGCCCCUAAUAGUUAGUCACUGACGUCAGAAUUUUUUACCAAGACUAACAUAGCGAUAAUCGCAGGGUAUCAGGCUAUCAUAAUCUGAUGUCUAACCUUUUGUGUAAUGGGGUGCUAUGAGGGUGGCUUUCUCUGGCUUCUCCUCUUCGAUUUAUAUGAUAAGUGCUUAAUCAAAGGGCGAGCACAUUUGACGAAAGGCAGUAAAUUGAGGAUUUUAUGGUAUAGUCAUCAUGAUAUCUUGACCUUUUCACUACCUGCAAAGUUGCAUAGUUUGGUUUAGAUUGUCUUGUUAUAAUUUUAUCUCUUCAUUUAGCAUUCAGAAUGACAAUCAAGAUGCUUCAACAGAUACCACCUUUAAAACGUACCCUGAUCCCAGCUCGUCGCCUCUUGGAGACUCCUCUGACGAGGGGGAAGGUGAGCCUUUCAGAGAUCCAGUCUCAGGACCAACUGUUUUUGCAGAAAAGGGGUCAGAUCUGUUUGCACCAAUAAUUGUUGAGGCUGAUUCACCAGAAGAACCUGUUCUACCCCAGGUAAAGGCAAUUACAUUUCCGAUUGCAGUGUUAUUGAUAUUCUGACUCCAAAUUUUCAAUCUUAAAAAAAAAAUUGUGUUUUUUGUAAGCCCUUUAAAAGUGUUUGUCCUUUAGCGAAGGCUUUGGGAGGGUUAGACUUAUUCCAUCAAGCCUUUUAAGUUUGUGAUAAUUUCCUUUUUUCUUAUGAGCCUAAUGGUUGAUUCAGCUGUGAUAUUAUAGUGAGAAAUUAGAAGCUAAUCACCCUCAGGGGUUAAAGGGUCAAGAGCUCUUACUCAAAAGUAGCCUGCUCCUGGCAGUCAGUUUGUGAGAGGGAGGGGGACCAGUAAAUAUGCAAGGGGGCAAGUAAAUAUACAGGGGGGCAAGCAAUAUGCAGGGGAAGCAAGAACAAGUAGGCAAAGGGGGACCGACCCCCCCCCCCUCCUCCCUUAUUUUCUUCAUUCUGCCCCUCUGGCUGCGAAGAGUGCUAAGGAUAUCCAACAAAACUAACUGAUCGAAAUGUUGAGCUUACUUUCUUUGGCGAUAGGAGAGAACCUAGGCCACUUCUGUGAAUCACUGUGCACUGCUCUUGUGAGGCGAUCCCUCAAAGGCAAACAUCUAAUUAUAAUUCAGUUUUGUCAACUGAGUUGACAAUGUAAAGUUGGCCCCCGUAAAGAGCUUCGAAAGCCUACGUCUCGAGCGUUAGCCCUUCGUUAGAGCAAAUAGGCGAAGGGCUAACACUCGUAACGUCAGCUUUAAAAAUUCUUUUCUAUGGCUAAUUUACGUUUUCAACUCAGUCAAUAAAACUAAAUUAUCUUGUGAUCCCCCCCCCCCCUGCCACCGACCACCCACGCAGCACUGCAGUGUAUUUAGAAACUUACCUUCUUUAUCUCAUGAAUAGUUUUUGUGUAGGUAUGAAUUUUACUUGUCUUGCCAUUAAUGCAUUGAUAUUAAAAAGGUUAAAAACGAAACCUUUGUUGUUCAGCUCCAACAGGACUCUUCAUUCCAACACAAUGUUCUGUGGCAAUUUGAAGAUAUCCAGAUGCUUGUAGGAUCCAACCUGCCCAUAUUUGGAGGUGGUAAAUACCCUGCAGUCAGCCUAAGACUUAGGUAAAUGGAAAAAUCUCUACUGUAAGUUUACAACUAGAAAGUCAUCAGAUUUGAAUGUGGUAUUUCAGAUGGGUAACUUUAAAGUCACUCAAAUACAAAAUUUAUAGAUAUUCCUUACUGCUAAAAGCAUCAAAGACUAAUCGAGGCGGUGGCGAAGGGAUUUUUGUUUAAAGGGAGGAAAGAAAUUUACUAAGAGUAAAGAUUUCCGAAACGAUACACUCAGGGAACAACCAUAUGCGUUUACUACGAAAGAAAACUGAAAACAGCAGAAACUAAAUUAUGCCUAAUAAACAAUAACCAAUAAGUUAUUUGUUUAAUCAAAUAAGAAACUUUGAUAUAGUUAUUCCUUAUCCUUAGGGUAUCGAGAAGUAUUUGCUUAGUUUUAUACGGAAUUUGGAUUUACUAAGCGUUCUAUUACAGCAAUGAACAGCAUUCCAGAUCAAUACGCCAAUCUGUGGAAAUUAUAUUUUUUUCAUUUACGCACUUCUGGUAGCGUAAACAUUGAAGGAUUCAUUAGAUGUGGUACAAUUUUAGUUACCAGAUGUUUUUCAUGAUGUGAUAAUCAGUUUUUUGGUCUUUGUAUUAUCAAAGUUGAUUGUCCAGUUUUUUUUCUGAUAUUCAGAGAGUGUGGCAACCCCAUCAACGUUCUAACAGGGUUGGAUUACUGGCUGGAUAACCUGAUGUGUAAUGUUCCAGAGGUAGCCAUGUGUUACCAUCUAGAUGGCAUUGUUCAAGUAAGUUGUUUGAAGAACAGUGUUGUAUAAUGGGCCAUAUUUAGUCAUGGCAUGUUGGUGAAGGUGGAGAAAUGAUCGUAUAGUGUUAAUCGUACGUGCCUCUUACUUCUGGAACCUAAGUUCGGCUCCCUGGGGCUGGCCUUUGUGGCGAACGGGUUUUUACCAACGUCCUGUCACGAGCCGCGAAAUCCGCGGGUUCCGUGGCAGUGAGAGGUCUGGGAAGGGUCUAGCACGUGCCAUAACCCUCGCACAACACAGUGGGGUCAAAUGCCUACGUAUGAGCGAACAUUGAAACGAUUGAACAUCAAAAAGUAGCGCGUCACGGUGGUGUAAACUCUCAUACCUCUUUUGAUAAAACUUAAAACGAAAAUGAUAAAUCAAUAGAACACUCUUUAUAAGAUAAACUUCGUGUUCGAAAAUUCUCCAGUUUCCUUCUUUGGUCCCCCUCGCACACACGCAGCUUGGCUCGCUGGCGCGAAUCAGGCGGGCUUCGCCUCUCUUGCCGCAGCGAUAAUGACAGUCUGCUCGCAGGGUUGAGUUGGUUCUCAAUUCUGAGCCACGCUCCAAGGAUUUUUCUCAAAGGUUUUUUUCUGGACUCCUCUGGCUCUUAUCCCUUGCCAAAAACCAACACUCAACCAGGGAGGAGUGAAUGAAGAGUCACCGCUAAGAAGUGCUGUGGUUGAAUCCAAUAUUAUUUUCAUGAUACUGCGUGAAGAAUGCCCCUAAAAUAGUAUUUUGAUGAGUAUAAAACGUCCAGUUUUAUUAUUGCCAUUGGAUCUUUAUGCACCAAAAACUCUAAUGGAAAUAAUGUUGCCAAAUUUUAGCAUCAUCAACAAAACAGUAUUUUAUUGGUUUCACUCUGCAGUACUACGAUCUUUAUAAAACAGAGGAGUUACCAGACUUGGAAGGGAGUAAUUUUUCUCCAAAGGUAAUGUCAUCUAGUUCACUCCCUUUACUCUCAACUCCUUUAUAUGUGCUACUACCAGAGAAUCUGAACAGUGUCUUGAGGUAUAGGUGUUGUUCAAUACAGGAAGUAUUCAUUUCAUCUCGGUACUACAACAUAAUUGCGUCAAUAACAAAAUGCUCUAAGAUGAUUGUUUCUUGAGCUCUCAGUAGCCUAAUGAUAGGUGCGCUGGUUUCCGGGUCGAGAGAUUUGGGGUCGAAACCUGGCUGGGUUAAGGUGUUGUGUACUGGGGAAAAGCACUAUAUUCAGACGGUACCUCUCUCCAGUCAGGAGUAUGAAUGGGUACUAGCAAAUUGCGAGGGACGCCUAAAGUAAUGCUGGGGGGUGACCUUAGACUAGCAUCCCAUCCAGGGGGGAGGAGUAAUACUACUAGUUGCUUUAUGCUUAGGAAACGGGAUAAGUCAAAUUGGACGUAACCUGGCUGUUUCAAGUCCAAGCUUUCUGAUUCCAUCAGUCCGAUUACACACACUUGUAAGCGGACAGGCCAAUUUGGACAGUUAAGCAGCCAAUGAAAAUUAAGUUCUUAAAGCCGUCGGGCAAUAAAACUCAGCUCCUCAGCCGAUGGUCACAAAAGCUGGGCCCUAAUUUAGAGUUCGCAUCUGUUUGAUAGAGCUGUCCCCUGAAUGAAGAUAUGUGUGGAUGAAAUAUGGGAAGACUUAGGUUGGUGUCCGCUUGAUUCAGCAUUCAUCAAGUUGCGUGAGCUUCGUGGCAUUUUUUUUUUUUGGCGUGACAAGUCUUCCUCUUCAGAUCUUAAACAGCUACCCAACCCACCGAGUUCUUUUAAAGAGCACUCCACGGAAUGUUUAGUUACACUCCCAGACACAUUUGCUGGGAUACUUACUGCAUCCCCUCUCCCUCUCAAUGUUAAAACUGAAUGGAAGUGAGGCGGAGAAAGAACACCAAUGACGUUGUUCUGGAGAAGUGCCCCAAAUAAUUAUGUCUGGGAGUGUAGCCGCUUUUGUUAUAUUUUUCAGUUGAUUAUGUCUUUGAAAUCUUCUGUAUCAUAAUCCUGUCUUCUCUCUAUCCUUAGGUCGUGAAAGAUGUAGCACAAAAUAUCCUUUCUUUCAUGAAGGCAAACUGCACCCGUGAAGGACACACCUAUUGGCUUUUUAAGGGUACAGUGGUUUUUAAGUGGUUUUUAACUUUUAUCAUCAGUUAAUCCAUUUACACCAUAUUACUAAUUUCAAGGAGAAAAUGGACAAGUUGAGGUGCCUUAGGUUUUGGCCUAUCCGUUUUUUAAAUGUAAGAAGAAAGGUUGUAAUGAAAUAGAUGUGGAUCAAGAAGUUCGUGAUCGUUUUUCUCACAGUGUAGUCACAUCCCAUGCGGAUCUACAUCGGAAGUAACUCCAUCUUGAAACAAACUAUCAAAAGUUUGUGGUUAAUUGUUUUUGUUUCGUCACUUCAUACACAUACCAAUCGUUUCAUACAAGUUCACAACCUUUUUUUGUAUUUUUUACUGUAUCCAUUGCUUUAUAGCGACUGGCAGUGACGUCAUUAAGUUGUAUGACUUGACAUCAAUUUGUCAGCAGGUAUGGAAUUUGUAAGGAUUAUUACCCUAUUAUGACGAACAUAGAAACAAACUAUAUCUUUAUUUAGCAGAUCAUUUGAAACAGGGAGUUAGAAAACCAGUCAACCACAAAGGCUUAUACUAAAGUCGACAGGAUUGUUGCACUGGAUUAUUGGUGUAUCCCCUUUUCUCUCGUAUACUUGAAACUCGUUUUCCUUCUCUUUGAUUUUACAUGCGUUUCAUUCUAUACUCUGUGGAGCCAAAGGUCGCUUUUUCUACAAACCUUUUGUCAGAUUGUGUCACCCAGUGUACUGAGGAGGUAUUGAAGUAUUUGUUAGUUUUGCAAGCGAUGACGUUUGAACACUUCUUAACUUCUCAACUAUUUAAUAAACUAAUACAUGUUUUAUGAUGUUCUGACAUGAACAUGACUGUGUUUUUUCCACCUUCCUCUGACUACACAGCGAACGGACGACAAGACAGAGAACUUGUUUACUGUGCCAGUGGCUAUGCUGUUCUACCGGUCAGUGUUACCUAAUCAUUUUCUUAGCACCAAAACAGGAUUCUUGCGACAAGCACUGUUCGCGAUCUAAAGGAUUAUGCCUGCGCAAAGCUCUCUAGCUGCCACCAACUAUCAGAAGUUUUAAUGUCACAGCUACUACCGCCUAUCAUAUUGGAAUUUUCUCAAAUAUUGCAAAAUUCAAGUUGUCGGUUUAAUGAUGAACAAGUAUGUUCAAAGGUAGUUCAAUAUUCCGAGAGCGCAGUCAAUUGCUUUCCUUUACACGGGGAACAGAGAACUUUAAUGUGACUGUAUUACCGGUUCAUUUAACCGAACAACUGCCGCGCAACUCGAUCUUGUUCAUUGUCUAAUAAUACAUACGGCUCGCGACCGCGAGACGAAAACUGCGAACGGUGGGCUUUUUUAGCUUUAGUAGCUACUAGCAAUAGUUGUUCCUGGCUCUUCUUUCACUCUCGGCACUUCGCGCCUCGCGCGGAACGCUUCGCUUUCUGACCUUACCUUAUACGAAAAUGUUCGUCAAGAGACGCGUAGAGCUCCCAAUAUCCUGUACAGACGUUUUUCAGUCCUGUCACGCAAUGCAUAAUGGUAGAAUGCGACAGGCCCUAAUGGUUAACGCUGAAGGACGAGCGUUUCUCCAACCGCAGGAAGAUUGGAAACGAGUCGGGGAGGGGUCCGUUGGGGGUCUAGGUCGCGUUUCUCAAGGCCUCACUCUAUCCUGCGGGCUAACAAACGCUCGUGCUGAAGUGCCAGUAAUAGGGCGUGCUCGAAUGCUACGUUGUGGUGGAUGGGGAGCUGGGAAGGGGGUGCGAAAGAACGCCUUGCGUGAUAAGACCAAAACAACAUCUGCGAAUGGAACCACUCGAGUUACUGGUCCAUAAGAUUUUCUUCCUGAAUAUUGUUAGGUGUAGUUAUUGAUCGAUGGACUUUUUAAUCAUCAGAGUUGCUAAAAAUAUGAUGAAUCAGUCACCGUUGAGUUCUGGGUAAGUGAGAAACAAGAACGUAAUACUUGUUAGAACAGUAACCCACGUCUGAUAUCUUUGGACGACAGCAGGGGCCUUGAGCCGAGUGUAUCAAAUCGAGGCUUACCGGAUUUCGUUUCCAGGGCCUCUCUUCUUCCUAAUUGUGGAACGAGAGAAGGGCGGGAAGAACAGAGAGUCACGGAACGAGUUUUUCUUACUGGUAGACUUUCGCAUUAAAUGAAUGGAAACAAGGACACAGUUUUUUAAUGGUUAAACUUGCUCUGGUCGGCUAUUCUUGACUUUAAAUGAGUUCCCAUUAGAGAGGAUCUGUAGUCGGGAUGAUGGACAGCAAUUCAGUGAACGAGUUUUUGAUUUUAUCAUAUCAUAUUUCGUGCAUCAGACCCAAUUCAAGCAUGUAAAUCGCAAGACGUUUAACAAUACCCACCUCGCCCUCCUCCUUUACUUUCGUUUUAACCCGUGAACUCCCGAGAUCUGAUUGUUAAUUCUCCUCUCUAGCUGUUACACUUUUCCUAGUAAAUUAGUGACGAGAAUUUGGUUUUAGAUCAAGAUGACAACUUUGACAUGAUAGGUCUGAGUAUUCUCGUUACCUGUUUGCUGGAUAAUGUGUAGAUAUAUCAUAAGGAGAAGUUGUAUGUUAAUCACUUCUGGGAGUCAAAGGGUUAAGGAAAACGAUUUUGAUCCUAAUGUCUGUUGCUGGUGAUAGUGAAUAAUAUUCUGACUUCUUGGACGAAGGGAAGGCAUCAGAAUCAAGGGAAGAAUUGCAUGUCAGUGUAAAGUUUGAGUUGUGAAAUCUGAUUUAUUCGUUUGCCGUAAUCGCGUUGGCUCGGACGUCAGCAUUCGUUGGUCGCUCGGAGUAAAGUUUGAUCCCCAACUUGAAGACUCUGCUGAAUAUUUAAAUUAUUUCUUAGAUUGGUUUCCAUUUUUUGUCAAUUUAGGGAACAAUCAACGGUUCGCCAGCUGCUCAAUAACUGUCUCCUUUUGUUGGACAAUGAAACAUAUCCCGAGGUAAUGUAUUUUCACCCAUCUUUAUUCUAAGCCUGUGCAACUUUUCGAAUCAUCUUAUUUUUCAUGUGGUGUUUCUUCAACUGCAUACAAAGAUAUUUACGUUACUCUGUGUCCUUCGUAAAAAUAGCAGUUGAGUUUCCAUUUAAAUAACUUACAGGCGUUAAGAAUGCUUCAGUCAGUUCAAAUCAUUUAAAUAUUUUCCUAACUCCUUAUGUAAGACGCUUAUAGUAACUCGAAAUAUUCGACACUUAAUCGAAAAGCGCGCUAGCUAAUACUGCCUUACGCAUGAUAGGUCAGUGAUACGUUUGGCAUGUGUGUUUUGCCAGAUUUUCUCAUCAGCAAGCUUUUUGUUAUCCGACCUGUACUCGCCCGAUGAUGUGCACGCCCUGCCAGCCAUAAACACAACCGAUGACCCGGAAGGCGAUGAAGAGGAAAAUAACUCUGAGGCUAGCCCUUCUGAUGAAUGGUCUGGACAAAGUGACGGAGAAACUAUUACGGCCCUGAAGGUAAGACUUUAAUCAAGUUCUCCUUAGGACGUUAAGGUUUCUCCCAUCGUUGUUCGCCAGCACUGGAAAUUUUUAUUCAGUCGUUAAUCGUUCUGCAAAGUCGCUCAUCGAUUUAGAUCAGUCCGACCUAUAACCAUCAUUACAAGGGUUGAGAAUUUUUUUCCUCUCUCCGCGCAAUUUUACCCUACCCUCCCUAGUACAAUGUUUGCUUUACCCUGCAACCGUUGACGUACAGGGUUACACAGAGAGGGUAUGUCAGAGAGAGUACGAUAACUCGAACGCUUUCCCCAGAAAGCGCACUUGUCUAUGAUAAUUUACUAUGGUCAACGAACUUCUGCGUUGGGUCAGGCCACUUCAUAGUUACCUUUUCCCUAAAUGCUUGAAACAAGGACGGAAAGCACAGGGGGAUCGCGAACUAUUGUUCGUUGAUUUGCGUCGAGUAUUGUCAACCGAGACAGAAGGUAGUUUAAAGCGGCAUAGGAGGCUGCAUUCAGUAUUAACGUAGUAAGGCAAUGUUUUUGGGAAAUAUUCGCCUAUUCCUCGCGUGAAGUUUCAAGUUCUUGCUAUCGGCUCACUCACUUCUCCUUAGCUGUCAACGUACAAGACAUGACCACUUUGCCCAAAAUAACCCGUUGUAAUUUUUAUUUCCUCCAAAUCUGAGUGAGUAUUUUAUGUUCUUCUAUUUUACAGUCGCUCGACGUGACGAAACUAUCGACUCCCAUAACACAACAAGAUGACUGGAUUAAGGUACUAGCUGCAUGGUAGUCCUACUGGCUGUUUUGCUAUCGGUAUCUUGAGCAAACUACGAAGUCGAUGGCAAAGCGAUCGGCAAGAAACAACUUGAAAGGUUUUACGAGGAGAACGAUAGCUCUGCUCGUGUAUUUUCUAACUUUGUUUAUUUUCUAACUGUUCUCUGCAAAGCAACAAUUAGAUAUUUUCUUUAGUCGGAGCAGAGGCUAUAACAGCUUUUUUCCAUAAGCAGCCGCCGAUGGUUCAUAGGUGGCUGUGCCCGGAAAAAGGCCGUAAGGCGUACUCCACACACGGGAGCCUGCGCCAAGACUAAACAGACGGUGAGCCAUAUGAGCUUUCAGGGCUACGGUUCUUCCUCUGAAAACAUAAUGUAACGUGAGCUUUUCUGCCGAGACAACAAACCUUUUCCCUAGGUGGUUUGCGUACUGAGGAGGCGGGGACGGGAGCAUCUCUAACAUUUUACUUUCUAACUUCUGAGAAAGUUCCGUUUUAAUUUCUGAAAAAGAGAUUUUUUUUCAAUCAUACAGGUUUCUAAGCCAUUACCUAGCAACGUGGAAGAAAGGUGUAAAGUGGCUCUGUCGCAGAUCGUAAAGGUAAGCUUUCUUGCAGUCUUAGCUGUUCAGAGACUCAUUUGUCCUUAACGCUACAUCGGGAAGAAGAGAGUGCCCUCAGGAAUAGGAGCGCUGGAGUGUUCUAUUCAAGUAUUUCAAUGUUUGAAAAAAAUACAGCAAAAGAGCAGGCUAUCAAAAGUGCAUAUUCAAUCUCAAAUAACCUGCUGUUCACGGGUAGAUUUUGUUUGACUUGUUCAGAUGUUAUCGAAAGUUAAAUGGCCAGAAAUUGCUCAAAACUGGUGCUAUCACUCGUAUCUACUCACUUCGAUGUUUGAGUUAUUUUUCAGUUAUUUUGUUUUAUAAAUUAAAAAAAUAAAUCUUUGUUAGCGUGUAGAGUUGCUCGCACCAAUCAGAUUGCCGCAUUAGGGUAUGUAUCUCUCACCAAUCAGAUUGCCGCAUUAGGGUAUGUAUCUCUCACCAAUCAGAUUGCCGCAUUAGGGUAUAUAUCUCGCACAAUAAUACCACAGCAUUUGGAUAUUAUACACCAAUCACAGCGUUUGGGUAUUGUUUUCUUGUAAAUGAUGUCAUGGAAUUAGGGGGCUGUGCACAAAGAAUGACUUCAUCCAGAAAUUUUGGGUCAAUUGAUAAGCGUUAUGAUAAUGGCCUUUGCAAAGUGAAGUCGAGAUUUAUCGCGAUAUGAAAGGUUCGCACUUACUUUUCUUGUAUCUUUUUUUAAGUUAAGACGUGUUUUUCUGCUCCUUUUCUCACAGCGUACACGCCAAACAACUUACAUUCCAUCACAUACCAUGAAAACAACGUCCAUAGUCUAAUCAGAACAUAUCCAAUCAUUGCACUACAUGAACAUUAGACAAUUUUUCACCUGCUUUAACUUUAUUCUACCAAUCAGAUUCCAUUUUGCCACAUUAGACUUCGCUCCAUCACAUGCCAUUUCCUUGUAUACAACCAGCAUUUUAACACUAAGCCUAACCACAUUAUUCAACCCCACUGAAAAAAAUUCACAGGGAACUUAAUGCUACUGAUAGUGAAUUUUCCAUGCAAUUCUUCCGCGUUUGAUUUUUUCUACGCACAAAAUUGCUUUUAGCUACCUUGGACUUAACCCAAUCGGUGUUAAUUCCUUGUAGGUAAUUUAGUGUGAAGAAUUGAGUAAAAGACUAACGUUUCGAACGUUAGCCCUCUCGCUCUGACGAUGGGCUGACGCUCGAAACGUCAUAAUGCAGUUUCAGUUUGCUUUUCGUAGGAGAACCACUUGGAAUUGUAUUUUGAGGCAACUAACUGUAGACGAGUAAUUUUGAUUUUCUUUCUGUUAGAGGAACGGCAGUAAGCGUAGUUUCUUUCGCAACCGUUAUUUGGCCUCGUCUCGCAACGCGUGCCCUCUCCAACGGGAAACAGAGGGCGUUGUGUGACGAGACUAAACAACGGCUGCGAAGUAGACAACAAUAAGCGUGCCAUCGGUGCAUUUCAUUUUCACUUAGAAGUAUUUAGUCAAUAGAGACAAUAGACCACAAGAUAUAUGUGUGAGUGCAGAUAAUUAAGUUUAUGAGAUGUCUUUCUGAGAUAUUUUUGUUCUUUUGAAAGUUUUGCUCUUUUCGGUUACAAAGAUGAAAACAGAGUACGCAAACUGUCCCAUCUCAACCCACUCAGCCAAAAAAUAAUUCUCGCAUGCCACGCAUGCCUACGUUAUUGACUUGCAAAGGUACGUUAUCAUUGUCUCUCUCUCUCUCUAUCGUUCCACAUAAUAGGGCCUUUCGUGUGUCAAAAAGCAUUUGUCAGAAAGCAGCCCUCAAGGGGAUGUCCUUAAUAGUAACACCGAUGACAGCUCCUCUUCCGAAGGCGCCCCAUUUCCAUCCCAGUCUCCUAGAAGUGACGCGGUAUCGAGUUCUAAAUCCCCCCAAGCAGUUGUUCCUACUAGUUCAAAACACCUUUAUCUGUAUAAGAGGGAGAAAACUCCUCUUGUCCUUAGAAGGCCGGUGCGCUGGCAAGCAAGGACGGCUGGCUUAUUGUUUCACAAAGCGGCGUCUGUCUAUCACUCGCUGGCCUGUACUUUUAAUUCAAACGGCAAGUUUGGCCGCGGUCUGAAGAACUGUAAACUUGCAUUUAAGUGUCUAGAGGCUUCUCAGAUUUUUGGUGUGGAGCCAAAGAACAAGAAAGGUAACGAGCUACCUUAGAUACCCUCCUAGAUCGCUUUACGUCAGCAACAAUUUCUGAAGGUUGGCCAGACACUGCCUUUUAUUAAAAGAAGAGCAAAGUAACUUUUUGAAUUUCGAUGUAGCUAGGAGCCCUUAGCUUUCGAGCAGGUCCUCAUUAUCAGCGCUUCGGCACCAGUGUUUCUUCGCCCGCUAAAAAGUGUGAGGCCUUAAGAAACGCGAGCCUGCGAGAGGUCUGCCAGCGGUUUAGCACUUAUGAUGAGGCCACAUGGUAAACCUUUCCUUGACUUGGCUCAAAUUUUCCUGCGGGCAGAGAAACGCGCGUUCUGUAGAGCUUAUAUUGAGGGCAGGUUGAUACGUUUGAAUGAAAAAAUGGAAGGUGGAUGGGAGUUUUAGUUAGAGUUUACCCUGAUGCUUGGCAAAGCUCAGGCAUACAGUAUUUGAAUGUUUUAGCCGGACAAUUGCAAUUAUUGACAGAAUCACCAGAUCGAGUGGACUGUUCGGCUAGUUCUGACUAUUGGUAAGUGCCCUGGGGCUCCUGUGCAAAUUGGGAGAAUGCUGGCAACCAAAAAAAGAAGAGUAAAUAGAACGUAAUUGUAUGAGAUGUUAAUGUUUUUUUUCCUGUGGAAAUCAAAAAGCAGAGCCACUUAGCGAUGGGUGCUACUGAGAUUUUGGGGUCAUGAAGAGAUAUAUUGUGUUGCUAAGUACCUCUUUCGAUUUAAAUUGCUGGCUUAUUUCGGAUCUCAACUUAACGCAGUGCUUAAUUUGCACAAGACAGUAGCCUAUGGCAUAAGUCAGGGUCACGUUGUUUAAGAAAGUUUCUUGUUACAUAUUUAGGCGACCAGUUGCUGAUCUCGGUUCAGUUUGUGUGCGGAGACUCCUAUCUGAUGCUGGCCAAGUGUCAAGGAAAUUUAGCUGUCCAUCAGGAAGAUUAUCGUUUUAAAUCCGAAGAAGACGUUUUCAUGUGCGAUGCGGCCGAGGAGUGCAUUUCCGGUCAAGUUGAAUAUUCUUCUAGUGUUAAGUUUGUGUCAGAUGUGGAGAAAAAUUUACUGAAGAGGCAAGUUUGCUAACCAAUCAAUGGAUGUCUCAACCCUUUAACCUCUAAGAGUGACCAGCAUCUAAUUUUUCCCUUCAAUAUCACCCCUGGAUCAAACAUUAAAGACAUGAGAGGAUAGGAAAUGAUCACCAAACAUAGAAGCUCUUGAUUGUUCAACUAGUUCUCCCUUUCAGUGAAAAAGAAAAUGUUCGAAGAAGAGUAGGGAGAAUACAGAUAUUGAUGUUCAGGUGUAAAGGGUUAUCAUCACGGACGGUUCAUACACCCUCACUUAGGAUUCUCUUGCUUCUUUGUCUUCCUGAGAAGCCCUAGAACGUUUUUAUUAGAUAAUAAUGUCCCACAAAAACUCGGGAUUUUAAAUUUAUUUCUGUGAGAUUCGUACAAAACUGAAAUCAGAUCGUGGCAUGGUUGAAUAAAACGCCCAAUCGCCCUUUGUCCAUGAAGUUAUGUUAGUGAGUUUGAUAGGUCGUCAAACUCAGAGAUUUGUUGCAUUGUACUCGUUGGGUUCUAAAAUUGAAUUUGUUGACGUUUGAUCAUCCCUAGUGUUAGCUUAUAUGACGCCGCCCUUCAACUCGCAACGACAGACACCAAAGUGGAGCUGGUGGUAAACUUAACAAGACGACUGGGGAACGUUAAGAACGAGUUGGGCGUGUUUUAUAUGAACAAAGCCGCUUCCCUAUUGGACAGCAGCUCAGAACCCUCUAAUGAGGAACGAGAACUGUGGAAGAAAAGCUUCUCUAAUUUCGACAGCGGUAUUCGCACUUUUGAUGUAACAGAUGACAGGUUCGUUUUGAGUGUUAUGUUGUUUUAAAAAAACUCAUAUGAAGGCUUGUCUUCACUGGCGAUGGAGUCUUUUAGAAGUGUUUCUAGGAGUGUUUCCUAAAAAAAUGAGAUUCAUAAGCAGAGUUAUAGGCUUGACGGGAGCGGGGUCGAAAGGAUCAGAACGAUUCCAUAUUCUUCGCGUUCUUUUCAUGUAUUUGAAGCUAAUGAGCAAGUAAAAAAGUAACUUGUUAGAGGGUGAGCACUUGACUUCACUGUUGGCAUGCUGGUCUCCCGUGAGUUAACCUGCAGUGGCGGUGUAAUUUUUUUGGGUUUUCUUUUUGCGGAAUCUCUUGCGUAACCGCUCGCUUCUCGCUCACUUUUGCUCUCCUCAAAAACGCUAAAAAUUUAACAAACAUACAAAACAAUGAAAGAAAUCGCCCGUUUUCCAGGGUACCCUAGGGUUGUAAAGUAAAGUUCUCAUAAAAUUUUAUACUUUGUUCAGGACCGAGAAGCGAAAACCACACUUGAUAUGUUUUCGGCUUAGGAAGUGCUCCUAAAGAAGCAUUCAACCUUUUCUUUUUUUUUUAUCAGCGGCUCAAAUGACAUUAGUUUACAAUAAUCUAUCUUGUGUAUGCUUUCUGUAUCUUGUCAUUUUGAGAAAAUUAACUAAUCCGUUUACAUCUUUAUUUUCAUUUCGACCGCUUUUCCUGUUUUUUUAAUCUACAGUGCAAACAAGGCGUUAUUGCUGUCUAAUUUAGGCCGUCUGAUGCGGCUAUGCGCCCAAGCCGUGGGAGGCGUGGAAACCAAGCUGACAGGAAGAAGGGGAGAGUUCACUCAGGAGGAGAGAGGAUAUUUUAACAAGGUUCGAUGUUGUGUUUGUUCCACGCCUUUACGUUGUUCCGCCCAGUUCUGGAGCUGACAUGUCAUAAACCCGGCCAAUUUCAACGUAUUUUGUUACGUUUUUUGGAUUAAUGUCAGAAUCUCAAUACUGCUCCGUCACCUACCCCUUCACAAACCCAACAGCAGUCAACGGAUAGAAAGUUAGGGUUAACUUUGGGUUACGGGAGGGGUAGGUGCGCAGUUGAACUGAUACUGACAUUGAUCUUUUUUUAUGUAUUCAGUUACCUAAUUCAACAUUAACAUUGCGAAAACAGUUACCAAAUUUGUCACGGUACGCUGUACUUUACAUUAACAAUACGAUAUAUGAGCAUUGUUGGCAUUGCCAAUACUACUUAAAGUAACACUGUUGGAGCGUUAUAAAAGCAACACCAGUGAUCACAACUACCAAUCAGAACAAGGGUUGACAUCAUCAAUAACCAAUGAAAACUUAAAGUAAAAGUAGGUAACCUGCAGGCGUCAAGCGCGGGAAAGCGAGAGUGACCAAGUUGAGAUUGGUCUUAGUUUUGCAUCUGAUUGGUUGAGAGAGUAGCACGAGCUCUUUGGACCGAUCACGAAGCAAAGUGAAGCAAAACCCAAGUAAUUCAAGGUCACUCUCGAUACUCUGUUGAAAACUGCCCGAGUCACUUCAAAGAAAACUCGCAACGAUAGUAACACUACUGAAAUUACACUUACAAUACCAUACUUGCAUGACAUUUUCAUUUACCUUUCAGCCUAAUCGUAUUAACCUUGUACAGUAGAGUAUAGAACAUGGGCAGUUUUUAAUUGAAUGUGGUGUAAAGGACGUUUACUUGACAACUGCUCGAUAUUGUUUUCACCCUCACGAAGAUCCGCGCUGUACUCAGGUUACGAAGUGCUCUCUAACUGACCUUAAUUAUGAUUCUUGUUGCAUUGUUACCUGUUGCUGCCCUAAGUCCUUAACUUUUUUUGUUCGGCUAAUUCUAAAAGCACUGUUGAUCCUUUGCGAUGCGUUUUUUUCCUCUCUCACCAGAUAUCGUGGAUGUGAUCUAAAGAGUUUGCCUUUUUUAACGUCAAACUGCAACCAUGUACACAAUCCUUACACUUUUUGCAACCUUAUAACCGAUCAUAUCUCAUUCUUUCUCUCCAUAAUUUUACCACGAUUAUUUGAACCAAAUCGACUACCCUAUAUAAAAUUUCCCUUUUGUCUUUACAGGCUUUUGAGUUCUACAACAAGGCUCUUCGAUGUUUGGCUGACAGGAAGAAAAGUCCAGAGGUCUGGGACACAGUCACGUGGGAGUUAUCGGGCUCCUACUUUUCAAUGGGGACCCUCCUACAAGAUUUUGCACCCCUUUCCACUUAUGCUCAAGAGCAGGUAACGGACCUUUGUGACGGUACCAGUCAAGCGUCAGUUGACGCAGAAAAGGUCCGAAAUCCAGUUUAGUGCAGUCCAUUCGAGUCCAGAGCCCAUUCAAAGUCUAUGGGCCGGUUAUUUUCACGAGCUUUAACCAAAACCGUAGUUUUACGCAAGCAGUGGGCCUUACGUAUUCUCUGCAAGAGGGUUGUUUUAAUUAAAUAAAUAUCACUUCACGGCUAGCUUUCGGCCCUUUAGACACUGUUCACAAAAAUAAAUGUUCAGAUAAAAGAUUCAGCGAAAUUCAAGAUAAUUUAGAACGCAGUUUUGUUAUCAGUGAUAAAUUAUGACUGGUCCAUUAGAAGCUCUUCCUCGUGAUCAUCUCUCGCUCUUUCUCAAGAGAGAUUAAAAUUGUUUUCCUAUUAGCGGCGAUCUUUUCAGUUUGAGGACUUCUGUUUGUUAUGUCCAUUAGGUUGAACAGGAGGUAACUGAGCUGAUGAUGAAAGCACUCCGUCUGUGUGAACCAAGUGUUACUUUGAGUACGCCACACGUUAAACCCCGGUCUCUUUACCAGCUCUAUCAUCGGAUAGCUUCAAUUCACCAUCGGCUGGCGUCUCUUUACCACAAUUCUUAUAGGAACCAGGUCAGAUUGAGUAAAAAGUUACUCUGAUUUUUGUCUGAGAAAGAGAAGGUUCUUAGCAUGAAUCUGGAGAUGAAUGAUCCCGUCCCGUGGUGCAUCAUGAGUGUUUUGGGUCGUGUGCUUGUUUGUGUUUUUCUUACGGUGAUUAACUUGUUUAAUGAUAAAUCGCUGAUUGGGUGGCCGAUUGAUCGAUGUUUUGGUCGCUCGAUGAAUUGAGAGGUUUGCCCAUUGACCAUACCAACGGAUGGACAGACGGACUGAUUGGCUGACUGACUUUCUGAAUUACUGUUUGACUGGUUGGCUGAUAGACUGGCUGACUGGUUGACUGACUUACUGAUAUACUGACUGACUGACUAUUUGACUAUUUGACUGACUUACUAACUGGAUGGCUGGCUGGCUGGCUAGCUGGCCGGCUAGCUGGUCGACAGACUGGUUAACUGGUUUACAGACAGUUUGACAGACUGACAGACUGAUUGUUUGACUGACAAACUGACUGUUUGACUGACUCAAACGUUCGCCCUGAAGAAGGGCUAACGGUCGAAACGUCAACUUUGAAACCCUUUACGGUGACCAAUUUACAUUAUCAAUUCAGUCGAUGAAACCAAGAAUUAUGUUAUAAUCCCCCACCGACACAGCACCACAGUUUCUUUAGAACUUAACCCCUUUAAAGUUUGACUGACUGAUUGUCUGACUGACCGUCCAGAUAAACAUGGAGAAGAGAGUCAUGCGCUCUUUUAAUGAAUUCAAUUGCAUUCAACUAUAUUCAUUAAAGUUUUUUCUUUUCAAGGCUGUUGAUCACUCAAAGAAGAAAGCGCGCUCUCUAGCGGAGUUACACUACAGCAAGGCUGUGGCGUAUUUCGAUGCCACUCGGUACCCCUGUGAGAGGAUUCGCAUUCAUUUGGAGCAGGUCGCCAUGUGUGAAUAUCACGUGACCACUUACGGUGGGUCUGCGGCAGCCAUUCGUAGUUUACAGUCAGCUUUGGAGCAUUUGUGCCAAACUAGGACAGCUUUAGAAUAUUUGGGAACAUUAAAGGUUUCCGAAGAGAGUGAAUGCAAGACUGCAAAGGGUGAUGAAGGUUCCGAGUCACAUAUAGUCGUUUGGGAUGAGAUAAGGACGCUAGUUCCGAUUUUGGAAUCGCGUCUCACAAGUGUUUUGAAAGAACUUGUGAAGGCUAACAGUACGCUUAAGAACAAAGGAAAGUCGAGCAGGGACUGGGGAGGACUGGAAAUGGCCAAGCAGAUGUACUCUGUUGCAUUGCGGAGCAGCAGUAGCAGUGGGGUUGAGGAUAUUGUCAAAAAAUGCCAGAGAAUAGCUGAAACUCUCAAAAACCUCCAAGAAAUUAAGAAGCAAACGCAGUGAUGCCUCUGCUUCUCACAACUUUAGCAGAAAAGACCCCCCCUGAAUAGGGAGUCCCGUAAGACGUUUAUGUGAGAGCCCCUCUACAGUCAAAAUCCAGCCUAAUUUCCCCCCUUUCUUCUUUCCUUCCUUCCUUCCUGUAAAGGGAUCUUACAUUUGAUUAAAUAGGUAGUUGAUGUGAGAGUCGUUUGGUUCGGACAGACGGUGUGUGCCUCAGUUUCAAAGUAAACUGUAGAUUGUUCUAAAUUAUUACCUUAGGUAGUCGGUCAUCUGUAAAGCGCGCUGAGGUUAUGUAGCUGCGUUGUCGAAGAAUUUUAUUAUUGUUAAUAUUAUUGUAAAUGAAACUUUUACAAGUAUUCUUGUGAAAGCAAACUCGAACUGAUAGCUCCUACUCCUUGCAGGUAAAAUAUUUUCAUGGUAACAAUAGCAACUUAACCAAAGCGCUAUUGCAUGUAUGUUCAGUCAAUUAAUGUCCAUUAAUGUCCGCUCAACACUGUUGCUGAGGAUGAUGUAGCAGAGAAUGUUACAAGGAAGCAAACCUGGGAUCAUGGGAUCUAAACAAAAUUAAGUGAAAAGGGAAAGUCUUUGAAAACUAAGCGGUUCUGGUGAACAGGAUAGUGGAGUGGAUGGAAUAUUUGAUAUAUCAAGGUAAAGAUAAUGCGUGUUUGCCUUUAAACAAACAUGUUGUGGAAUAAUAUUCGUCCUUUUUUCCGCUAGAUGUCACUAAGGUCUCAGGAAAUUUAUUUAGACGCGUCGUACUCUCGCAGCUAAGGCGAGAGUAAGUUUUACUCUCAAGAUUUUUCUUGAUUAAUAAAGAUC